AUGAGCGAAUUCCAGUGGGAACAUUUGAAUAAACUUAACGAUACAGUGACCUCUGUGCUAAUUAAUUUGUCUCAAAAAGAUGCGGUUAGCGAAAUCUUUUUCGAAAAGGAACUUGUGCAAUUUUUGAAGGGGUUGGGACGUAUGUUCUAUAUUGUUAAUCCGACAGAAACAACUUUUGAAGGACCAGAAGAAGUUCCAAAAUAUUUUAGAAAUGCAUGGCCCUAUUUUAUUUUAUUUAUGAUUUUGGAAAAUGUAUUAUUAUGGAUAGAGAAAAAACCAACGUUUAGAAUAAAUGAUGGAAUAACCAGUAUGUCACAUGGAUUAAUUCAAGAAAGUGGAAGGCUUAUUUUUCGCGGAGCAGAAAGUUACGUUUACUUGUACAUCCACGAGCAUUUUUGUGUAUAUCAAUUACCAUGGGAUCAACCUCUGACCUGGUAUCUGGCAGCUAUCGGUGUUGAUUUUUGCUAUUAUUGGGUUCAUAGAGCAUGUCAUGAAGUCCACAUCCUUUGGGCCCAACAUCAAGUCCAUCACAGCUCAGAGGAAUUCAAUUUAGCUGUUGGAUUAAGACAGUCUAUUGUACAAGGAUGGUGUGGAUUUGCUUUUUAUCUUCCAUUGGCCUUUUUUAUACCACCAUCACAUUUUAUAACACACCAACAAUUUAAUUUGUUGUUUCAAUUUUGGAUUCACACCAAAACGGUCACUACACUUGGCCCUUUGGAAUAUUUUUUUAACACGCCUCAACAUCACAGGGUUCAUCAUGGUAGUAACAUUUACUGUUUGGAUAAAAACUAUGGCGGUGUUUUAAUAAUCUGGGACCGAAUUUUCGGCACGUUUGCAAGGGAACGAAAAGAUGAAGAAAUUAUUUAUGGACUGGUAUUUAACCAGCCAUCGUUUAAUCCUUUGCAUUUGCAGACAUUUUUAUACCGCUUAUGUGAUCGAAAAAUUCAAUUCCUUGACUUGUUGGUCUGAAAAAAUGGCAGCUAUAUUCUAUGGUCCUAGUUGGCAGCCUGGAAAACCUAGGUUGGGUUUGGAAUGUGACAAAAUAAAGGUUGUCGCAAGGGAAAAAUAUGAUGUUAAACUUCCAUUGUGGUGCAAUUGUUAUCUCUUUCUCCAUUUCUGUGUUGUGGUUUAUGGUUUUCAAGAACUUGCUUCAAUACACAUGGGCUUGAACGCAUUCACAGUAUUUGGUUUCGUCAUAUACAUCAUCGCGUCUUUAACAACAAUCGGUAUGAUGUUCGACAAUCAUCCUCAUGCGUGUGUCUUCGAACUAUUGCGGUGUAUGUUGAUGGUAACAGCAAUACAAAGAAUGCCCCUAUUUGGAUCAUUUGACAAUGUUUUGCUUGGAUUGGAAGUGUUUUUCGUUUUAUCUGGACUGUUUUGGCUGUUGCAAAGCUUUAAAGUAAUACAAAUCUCAUUGAAACCCAAGAGUGGUUAG